GUUUACUUUAAAAUGUUAUAUAUUAAUAACUAUUUAUUGACAUUAGUUAUCUAAAAAAAAUUAAUUUUUAUAUAAUGCUGAUAAAUUAUUAGUUGAGUUCCUAUUCUUUCUGUUAAAAAUGAUAGAUCCCGAUAAGUACAACCCUGUUGUUUUGGCUCCCGGUAGGUACUAUUGAAACCACGUGUUUGAAUCAGUAAGGUUUCAUUUUCUCUCAUCUGAUUAGUUUACUAUUGUAUUUUUUCGCCAUGAAGACUCCUAAAGUUGCUACUCCUAAACCUAAGCUCAAGUUUAAUACACCUAAAAGUGGCAUUGUCAGAAAAUCACUGGGUAAUAAUUCGACUGCAUCGUUAAAAAAAUUAUCGACUAAAGGUAAGGAACACAUGCUUUCUGUAGUCAAAGAUAAUGAAGCGAAUGUUGAAUUUAAAAAUAAAACUCCAAAGAAGGGGAGAAUGUCGUUACCAGCUAAUGUAUUAAGAAAUUCUAAACCCAGUCCUGAGAAUCGCAGUGAUGAAAAAACACUUAAAAAAUCUCCCAACACCAAGAAAUUAGGAAAUCCUGAAUCGCCUAAGUCUGGUAAGAAAAAUAAAGAGGCAAAUAAAACUCCAGCUAAACAUACUCCUGUAUCCAAGCCUCAAAAUUUGAAGAAAACACCACAGAACAAAAAUGUUCCAGAGAAUUUGUUCACCCCAGCUUCUGUUGAAAACAAUACCUCUCCAGUCAAACAAAAUGUUGAAUUGAAGAAAAACAAAGUGCCAUUUAAUUUAGAUGACUCUUUAGCCACUCAAACUCCUAAUGGACUUGGACAGAAAAAAAGAAGUAGUUCAAUUAAAGCAAAACCUAAUAGUCCUGAAGUGGAGUUAGGAUUGCAGUUGGAAGAAGCACUUAGCCCCAAAUCCAAAAAAGAAAAGAAAAAGAAAAUGUCCUUAGCUUUGAAAGUAGCUGCUGAAGGAAAGGUCACAGUAAAUCAAAAGGUUGUUAAAAAAUUGGACACUACUAGUAAUACUGUUGUGAACUCAGAUUCAAAAAAGAAAAAGAGAAGGAGAAAUCGCAAGUCGAACCAAAAGAAAGUUGAACAGACCAACCUAAAGAAAGUAGAACCUAAGCCCUCAUUCUUAAAACAUAUUAAUGUGAUGAAUGCGAUUACUGCACUUCUAAAGUCAUCUAAAUCUCAAAAGGCUGAUCUUCUCUCUGGAGAUGAUUACAUCUUUUUGCAGUUCAGUUUGUUUAAAGUUUCCAAGGAUGCCAAAGGUGUUUAUAAAGUUGCGCUACCUCAUUGCAUUCUUCCUGAUUCACCUGAAGUUUGCUUGGUGGUACCUGAUCUAAAAGGUAAACGAAAUGAACCAGAAGAAGCAAUUGAUCAUUAUAAAGAAUUGUUGAAAAAUAAUGACAUUACUUCAAUUACAGAGAUAAUUCCUGUAAGAAAACUUAAGCAAGAAUAUUCUCAGUUUGAAGAAAGUCGUAGAUUAGCAAACAGAUUCGAUUGCAUUAUUAGUGAUGGUAGAAUAACACAUAUUGCCAAACUUGGAAAAAGAUUUGCCAGAGCUAAGAAGUGUAUUUGUCCGAUAAAAUUUAAUUCUAAAACAUUGAAAGAAGACAUCGCCAGAGGUUUAAGGAAGGUUGCUAUUUUUAGUUCUGGCAGAGGAACAAGUUUUUCUGUUAAGUGUGGACGAAGGGGAAUGUCAGCUGGAGAUAUUGCUGAUAACAUUGUGGCUAUUGGUGAAUUCCUUGCAAAUAAUGAAACACUGAUUGGUGAACCUUUAAACAUUAGCUUAGCUGCUAUCAAGACAUCCCUGUCCAGUGCUUUUCCAGUAUAUGUUUCUGCAGCUACUCCUAAUGAUGUACGUAAACCUAAAGGUAAACAAAGAGAGAUUGAAGAGCCAGUUGAAGAUGAAAUUUCGACUGUUCAAGAUGGUACUGUUGUUGUUUAUCCUUCUGGCAAUGUAAAAGUAAAGAAACGCAAGAAUGAGGAAAGUAAAGAUGAUGCAGAUUUAAAACAAAAAGGUAUUAAAAAGAGUAAAACAAAUGUGUCUAAGAAAGUCAAAGUUGAAACUGAUUCUUCUGAUGAUGAUGAUAUUGAUGACGAUAGUGAUGUCGACAUAGAUUCAUCAAAUGAUGAUGACUUAGCUGUUGAUUCCUUGAAUGGAACAGAUGAUGAGGCAAGUGAUGAUGAAUCUGAAGUUGAAGGUGAAGAUGAAGAAGAAGAAGAAGAAGAAGAAGAUGAUGAUGAUGAUGAUGAUGACAGGUCCAUAGAUGAAGGAGAAAUAGAAGCUGCUGAAAAGGCUUACCUAGAAGAGUUGAGGAUUUUACAGGAAGAAAUUGGGAAAAAAAAGGCUAAGAAAUCAAGCAAAACUGCAAAUGUAGUAGAAAAGAAGGAAGAUAAGGUUACACAACAGAAAAAAAGUACAGCAGUAAAAGGUGAAAAAAAACUGAAGAAAGGGUUACAAAAAGAACAAAAUCAGACUAAGAAAGGUGCUUUAAAAGAGCAAGAUACUAACACGAAAGGAAAGAAGGCCGAUAAGCUAAUUCAACAAAAAGGAAAUCGAAACCAAAAUCAAAAGGAAAAUAAAUUUGGUUCCCCACAGACUCAACAGAAAGGAAAUCGAAACCAAAAUCAGAAGGAAAAUAAAUUUGGUUCCCCACAGAACCAACAAAAGGGGAAAAUUCAACACUUUGGUCAGGGGAAAGGACCUAAUAAGAAGAAUGCUCAGAAGGGAGGAAGUCCAAAGCAGGGUAAAAAACAGUUUAAGAAGGGUCCAGGUGGUAAGAAUAAAAACUGAAACAUUUAGUUUGUAAAUAUGACUUUGUAAAAAGUGUUUUACAUUAUCCAAGUGUACAAAAUCUUUUAUUACUUUUAAGUUAAUCAGUUAGGACUGACAUAGCAUGUGUGAGGAUGUGAUAAUUUAUUUUUUAAAUUGACUUUCAUGUUAAACAUAGUUUUAUAUUAUGUCAUCAUAGUGGAUCUUAAUGAAAUAUUCUAAAGAAGUUCUGUUUGGUAGUUUUAUGUUGAAUAUAGAACUUAAUUUUUUAAAACCUAAUUUGUUAAAUCUGUACAUAAUUAAAAAAAUCAUGUGUGCAAUGAUUAUGUUUUCGCUCUGUAGACUGGGUAGAAAGAUUAAAUAAAGGCUGUUUUAAAUAAGACUGACUUUUUAUUUUUUAAGUUUGUACAUAAUGAGCUAUAGCAUAAGCCAUGGCAGUAUUUACCUAAUCUAUAUAAGAAUUACGUAUUAAAACAAUGCAAAAAACAAAAAUGCAGGUAAUAAUACAAAAUUUUAAAUAAAUAAAUAAAGCUCUUUUAUGACUAGUAUAAUAUGGUCUGGUUUUUAUAUAGUUGUAUGGACUUAUAUCCAUUGGGUUGAUGUUUUAAUGAUGCUGGUGUUACAACCACUUCAAGUUCUUGCAUUUGUGUCAGGCGUUGAACAUCUUUAUCUUUACGUAACAUUGUGUUAGGCAAUUUUCUAAUACGAAGAACCUGGGAAGCAUUAAGUCCUAGCUCUUCACAGCACACUCGCAACAAUGAGUAAUAAGUCAACUCAUUCCGAGGUAGUUCAAUUUCAAUGAAGUCUGGAUCUCCAUUACCCACUCUCACCUUCAGCACCAAUUCUGUAAAAAAGAUACAAGAAUUUUCAUGAUUUUUUUUUUGUAAAGUUACACCAAAAAUGCUCAAUCCAUAAAGAGUUAAAGAGAUAAUCCAUAAAGCAAUUAUAGGUUGACAAUUCACAAAGUAAAUACGAUCACUUAAGCAGAACCAAUGCGGUUCAUAUAUUAUUAAGCUAUCUUAUAAAUAAGAAAAAUAUGGCCCAAAUUUUUAAACCCAAAAUCAGUAGCAUUCAUAUUAAAGACAAAACUCUCUAAAAAUUAAUUUAUAUAUUGACUUAUUAAAUUAUAUUAAUACUAAAAAUAAAACUCUCCACUGACCAGUCAUACAACCCAUCUGAAGAAAUGUUUCAGGAUGUCCAGCUUAUGGAAAUCGUAUGAGAAAAUUUUCUCAUGUACAUGAAUUUUUCUAUAAUUCUAUAAUUUUUCUAUAAAAAAAUAUAUGUUCAUUUUCUAUAAUUAUACAUAUUUAAAAGCUAUUCAUUCAUUGCAUUAAUUAACAGUAGUUAAAAAAAAAAAGAAAGGGGGAAGAAAGGCCGAGCGCUAACCAAUGGGUUGCUCCUCAAAAAUAUUUUGCUACCUAGACACUAGUGCUAGCAAAUGGCUAAUGAUGGUAGAUAACAAUGGACUAUACUAUGAGUAUUAUUGUAUUUUGUAUCAAAGAAAUAAUAAUACAAAUAUUUGGUUGAAAAACGGUCAUGUCUAAAAAUAAAAUCUGGCAUAUGAAGUCGUAGACGUUAAUGAAAAAAAUGACUAUUUUUAUAUCAUUUGAUUCAUAUCUCAGGUUGCCGGGCAACGGUGGUGCUGUGCACACGCGUUAGCCCAUUCGGCUACCCCGCCCACAUGCAAGAUGUAAAUGUAAAUGUAAGGGUAUCUAGAUGUAAUGAGAUGCUCUGUCCUGACUGUCCCACUCACAUAAGAAACAAUAGUACUUAGUAUAUCCCUGUUGCAUGCCUAUAAGAAUUACCACCACUUUACCAAUCCUUCUGAGAUGCCUGAGGCUGCCCGAAGGCUACAAGAGGACAUCGACUGCAUCAACAGAUGGCCAGAAAUAAAUGAAUUAAAGCUGAAUGCAGAUAAAAACCAAGGCUAUUCUCAUCGGGUCCAGACAUCUCAUUAGCUCCCUUCCUUACUUUCCUCUACUUAACCUCAAUAACAGUCCCAUCCAUUUUUUCCCAACAGUCAAAAACAUAGGAGUAACCUUUGACCAGAAUCUCUCCUGGAAUAACUAUAUUUCCCAGAUUACCCGAAAAUCCGUAACUUCCCUUAAACAACUCCUUCAUUAUCCUCAUCCCCAUUCAAGUCAUGGUGAUGGUGUUCAGGAGGCCUUGGAACAGGCAAUUCGUCUCUGUGUGGUAUUGGCCCUAUAGCAGAAGGAAUGUAGGAAUGUGAAGGGUACUUCACGUCAGAUUUCUUUUUUCGAGGCAUUCCAUGAUGAAGAGUAGAGGUCAUGAAAAAGUAGCAGUUGUCACUAUGAUUAAUAGGCUCCCUCCACAAAAAGUGAACAGCAAAGCACAUUGAAUGACCUUUCUUGUUCAACCAUUCUCUUAAGGUUACGCUACACAUGAUGCAGCAGAUGAGCAGGGCGCACAGUUUAUCUUGGUCACCAACCUUCACCACAAAAUACUUGUGGUAUGCAGUCUUGAUCAUCUGGGAGAUACGACUUGCAAAGAUUUUGGACCUGCAAAGGUUAUUAGGUUGCAAAG